AUGUGGUUAAAAGACGAUUUCAAACGAUAUCAUUAUCUUGUGGUACUUCAUACAAUCUGCACUAUAGCAUUUGUUGUACGUUUCAUUGUUUUAUGUACGGAUUUAUCAUCUGCUAAAAGUGAUUCAAUAGCUUUCCCUGUGAUAAUAUUAUUAUUGGAAUUAGGAUCAUCAUUUAUCACUCUUAUUGGAAAUUGUAUCUAUAUUUUUCUUCGUUAUCUUGGACCAAUUUUAUUUGAAUCUGAUCAUGAAAAAGUUGGAUGUUGUUCUCAAUUAUUUGCUUGGAAUUUAUCAACAUUAACAUGUUUUCGUUGUGAAUGUUAUCGAGAACAUCCUCAACUUGUUUUAGUAACUCGAUUAAGUAUUUUAAUUUUAUUUGAAGCGAUGCGAUUUAUAGCAUUUAUACUUGCUUGUGUAUGUGCAAAUAGAUAUGGACCAAUAGGUUUAGGUUAUUCGAUAUUGGCUGCAUUUUCAUUUGUUCCUGCUGUAAUUUUAUUAGUUGUUGAAUAUCUUCAUCAUCAUCGCUUAUGGUUUCAUUAUCGACCAGACACUUCAUCGGAAGAAAAACCUCAAUACAUCAAUGAACACAAGCGUUUCUUACCAAUUGCAAUGACAAAUGAUCAACAAACAAGUCAUUGGCAAAAUUCUCGAUGUGACAAAGGAAAAGAUUGUUUGUCACGAAAUUUAUAUCAUGUAAUUAUAUAUCAUUCAGGAAACACACGCAAUCCACCUGAACAAACAAAGGAUAAUCAAAUUGUUGUUGGAUUUCAUCAAACAAGUCAUGCUGCUGCUUGUUCUAUUGCAAAGACACAGUUGAAACCUUCGAGCAAUGGAUGGAUCGGACCAGGUAUAUAUUUUGCAACAUCACUUAAUCAUACAGAAUUUAAAGCCAAUCAAUUUGGAGCAUAUAUUUGUGCGAAAGUCGAUUUAGGUAAAACAAAACGAAUUACUCAUCCUAAGGAUUGGUCUUCAGGAGAUCAAUGUGACACAGUUUACUACGAACAUCCUCAUGGUGCUGAUGAAUUUUGUGUACAAAAUGAACGACAAAUUCGUUCUUGGAUUAUAGUCAUUGAUCAAGAUCCAAAUGUGCGUUUCUUACAAGAAAAAAAUAAUAAACCCCUACCAUCCGGAAAAUAUGUUGAAGAUCGAUUAGAAGAUAUUGUUUAUCAAGGAUGUUGGCUUUAA